CGUGCCUUUCCGUCAGCCGCUCGGGAAGACUCGGCUCCUGACGGGCCGGGGCCUUCUCUUCGUUUACCUUCCCUCCUUCACGGCCCGGUUAACGGUCGCUGCCAGUUUAAAUGAGACGGGGUCCGGGCCGCUGCUACCGCCGCGUCACCCACUGAGGCGGAGUCUGAGUCUGUCAGGAACAGGAGGGGGGAAGAGGAGAGAGAAGGGGCGCCCUCCCCCCACCUCCCUCAUCCGGGUCCUGUCCCUGAGCGGGGAGCUGGGGCAGGAUGACGGUGCUGCAGGAACCCGUCCAGGCUGCUAUAUGGCAAGCGCUUAACCACUAUGCUUAUCGUGACGCAGUGUUUCUGGCAGAGAGACUGUAUGCAGAAGUGCACUCAGAAGAUGCUCUGUUCUUAUUGGCAACCUGUUACUAUCGCUCAGGAAAAGCAUACAAAGCAUACAGGCUCCUUAAAGGACACAGUUGUACCACCCCACAAUGUAAAUAUUUGCUUGCCAAGUGCUGUGUUGACCUCAGCAAACUUGCAGAAGGAGAGCAGAUCUUGUCCGGUGGAGUGUUCAACAAACAGAAAAGUCACGACGACAUUGUGACAGAAUUUGGUGACUCUGCAUGCUUCACACUUUCGCUCCUGGGGCAUGUGUACUGCAAGACAGAUCGGCUUGCCAAAGGAUCUGAAUGUUACCAAAAGAGCCUUAGUUUAAAUCCUUUCCUCUGGUCCCCUUUUGAAUCGCUAUGUGAAAUAGGUGAGAAGCCUGACCCAGACCAAACAUUCAAGUUAACAUCUAUACAGAACUUCAGCAGCUGCUUGCCUAACACAUGCACAACAGUGGUGUCAAAUCACAGCAUACCCCACAGACAGUCAGAGACGGUUCUGAUGGAAACGCCGCAAGACACACUAGAAUUAAACAGACUCAACCUGGAGUCCUCCAACUCUAAGUAUUCCUCCAACACAGAUUCCUCCAUCUCUUAUAUUGACUCGGCUGUAAUUUCACCAGAUGCUGUACCUCUUGGAUCUGGAACUGCCUUCUUAGCUAAACAGGCUCAAAACAAACCAAAAACUGGCCGGAGUCUUCUGGGUGGACCAGCUGCUCUGAGUCCAUUAACACCAAGCUUUGGAAUCUUGCCAUUAGAAACCCCUAGCCCCGGAGAUGGAUCCUAUUUACAAAAUUGCACAAAUUCUUCUUCCGUAAUUGAUGUGCCACCUCCAGGAGCCCCUUCCAAGAAGACUGUCACCAGAAUAAGCCAAGCUGGAACAAAGUCUGUUUUCUCACAAAGCGGCAAUAGCCGGGAAGUAACGCCAAUCCUUGUUGCACAAACGCAAAGUUCAGGCCCACAGACAAGUACAACACCUCAGGUUUUGAGCCCCACCAUUGCUGCACCACCUAAUGUGCUGCCUCGAAGAAGUUCACGCCUGUUCUCUAGUGAUAGUUCUACGACAAAGGAGAAUAGUAAAAAGUUAAAAAUGAAGUUUCCGCCCAAAAUUGCAAACCGAAAGACAAAGUGUAAAACCAAUAAGGGUGGGAUCACACAGCCAAACAUAAAUGAAAGUUUGGAAAUCACCAAACUUGACUCGUCCAUCAUUUCAGAAGGAAAGAUUGCCUCUGUAACACCGCAAAUCCAGGCAUUCACAUUACAGAAAGCAGCAGCAGAAGGUUUGAUGAGCCUUCUUCGUGAUAUGGGGAAAGGGUAUUUAGCCUUGUGUUCUUACAACUGUAAAGAAGCAAUUCAUAUACUGAGUCAUUUGCCUUCUCACCACUACAAUACGGGCUGGGUAUUGUGCCAUAUUGGAAGAGCUUACUUUGAACUUGCAGAAUAUAUGCAGGCUGAGAGGAUAUUCUCUGAAGUAAGAAGGAUUGAAAACUACAGAGUGGAAGGAAUGGAAAUCUACUCAACAACACUAUGGCAUCUACAGAAAGAUGUGGCUCUUUCAGUCCUUUCAAAAGACUUAACAGAUAUGGAUAAAAAUUCACCAGAGGCAUGGUGUGCUGCAGGAAAUUGCUUCAGUUUGCAACGGGAACAUGACAUUGCCAUCAAGUUCUUCCAGAGAGCUAUUCAAGUUGAUCCAAAUUAUGCUUAUGCCUAUACUCUCCUAGGGCAUGAAUUUGUGCUGACAGAGGAACUUGAAAAGGCAUUAGCCUGCUUUAGGAAUGCAAUUAGAAUGAAUCCUAGGCACUAUAAUGCUUGGUAUGGUUUGGGAAUGAUUUACUACAAACAAGAGAAAUUCAGCCUUGCAGAAAUGCAUUUCCAGAAGGCACUUCAUAUCAACCCUCAGAGCUCUGUCUUAUUGUGCCACAUUGGAGUUGUUCAGCAUGCCUUGAAGAAAUCUGAAAAGGCUUUGGAUACUCUGAACAAAGCCAUUAAUAUUGAUCCCAAGAACCCCCUCUGCAAAUUCCAUAGGGCCUCAGUAUUAUUUGCAAACGAGAAGUACAAGUAUGCUUUGCAAGAACUUGAAGAACUGAAGCAGAUUGUUCCCAAAGAAUCUCUUGUUUACUUCUUGAUAGGAAAGGUAUAUAAAAAGUUGGGACAGACCCAUCUUGCACUGAUGAACUUUUCCUGGGCAAUGGACUUGGAUCCCAAAGGAGCCAACAACCAGAUCAAAGAGGCCAUUGAUAAGCGGUACCUACCUGACGAUGAAGAGCCCGUAACACAAGAGGAGCAGAUCAGUGAAUGUUGCCCAUAUGAAUCAGCUGGCACAGACGAGUCCCAGGCCAGCAGCAUGACUGAUGCAGAUGACACACAGCUCCAUGCAGUAGAAAGUGACGAAUUUUAACCCCAAAAGCUUGGGUGUGUAAUUGACUGAUACUGUUGGAUUCUUCCCUUCCCAUCCUGCCACAGAGCCAGCACUGUUCUAAUGCUCUGCCAACACCCCAGGUGCAUCAUUCAUCAGAUUUUAAUUGGCACAGAAUUAAUGGCAAUGCCUUUUGGGUUAUUAUUUGAGCCUGAAUCUGACUCUUUCAUCUUUGUAAACAUGAUUAUUUGAGGAGGAAAGACUUUUUUAACGUCCUUUUUGUUGACAAACCUAUCAUGGAAGAAUGAUUUGCUAUAUGGGAGCUGGGAGAUGUGGUGAAGCAAUUUGUUGCUCUUUCCCCUGAAAUGUGUCUUAGUUUUUGGCUUUUUCAUCUCCAGUUAUGGAAUUCCUCCAUUUCCACAUUCUUCAGAGACAAUUGUGGAAAUACAAGACCGGAAUGUGUUAAAAGACAUUUCUGAAUAUUAUUAGAGUGUAACUUAAAUGGCAGAGAAUGUAAAUUACCUUAAAAACAAUUCUCCUGUGAACACGUUACAGAACAUAUAAAGCCAGUGUCCCUGCUUUUAGAUUUGUCAACCUGCCAGGAUAAAGACUUCCAUAGGAUACUUUAGAAUUCCGCCCAGGAAUUAACUUCUCCAAACUAACUUCCGAAGCAUCAGUUGUUGGUAUUUGUAGACAACUCAAGUCAAUAACAUGAUGUUGGUUGCUUGUCAAGGGCUCCUUGUAAUUGCACCUGACAGUUGAGAAAGUCAAAAUGCUAUUGCAGUUGUAAACUCCUAGCAAAGAUAAGUGUAUGUAGACUUGCAGUGUUGAAAGGAUGCAAUGAAAUAAAUCCACAAAAACAGAAAAUGCCAAGAAGACAAUGGAAGCCUUAAUCCAAUCAAAACCUUACAAUGGUGGUGCAUCCCAUAUCUGUUUGCAGCAGUAUCCCCUUCAAAACUAUUUUGUAAAGUGUUGUCUGAAUGAACAGAUGCAAAAAAAAUUGUGCAAUUAUCUGUCUCCUUUUUUUUUUUUAUCCUGUAAGUUUGAGUACUUCCUCUAUGAUGUCUUGUAGGAAUUUAGACCCCAGGAGUCUAUUUCUGUGAGGAAGGAUGCUAGGCUGUGUUAAAGAAGCCAAAAAUAUCCUCCUUUGUAGCACUCCUGCAACAAAGGUUGAUUGGCCUUUGUGCAGUGACCAUCAAGAAAGUGUAUGAUAACCUUACAGUUUUAAAGAGCAAAUUAUGCACAAUAAAAUGGUUUAAAUUUCA